AUGCGGGCGAAGCGCGAGCUGCUUAGUCCGGCGGGGUGGGACGACGAAGAGAAUGAGGGAGACGACGGGAGAGAGGAAGAUGAGAACGAGGAGGACGAGGGUGUUAAUGGUAGAGAGAGGAGGCACGCUUCGGCGGGUGCGAUGAUGCGGAGGCCGAUGGUAUCAUGGUGA